AUGAAACUCGCCAUUGGCGUUCUUCUAUUGGCUGUUGCUGCCUCAGCAUCGUCUGAUUUGCAGCCGAAACCAUACCUGCUCCAAAUUGACCGUAUUCUUCAACAAAAGAAACAUCACGACUCCUUCAAAAGUGUGUUUACCUCUGAAAAACCCAGCGACAACUGUCCGCCAUGCUUCAACUGUAAUCUUCCAAAUUUCGAGUGUACCCAGUUUUCCCAAUGUAACACAUUUACAGGAAUGUGUGAGUGUAGAGAUGGAUAUGGAGGAAUGGACUGUUCAGAGCCCUUGUGUGGAUCUCUUUCUGAUGGCAACAAAAAUCGUCCGCAGCGUGGAAAUGAGACUUGCCAAUGUAAAGAUGGAUGGGGUGGAAUCAAUUGUAAUUUAUGUACCGCUGACGCUCUGUGUGACCCAUUUGUGCCUGAGGGCCUUAAAGGAACGUGUUACACGGGUGGUGCGAUCGUUAACACGGCGCACCAGAUGUGUGAUGUGACAAAUCCAAAGAUUAUUGCUAUUUUGGAAGGCAAGAAGCCACAGGUGACCAUCAGCUGUAACAAGACAGCAGCCGCGUGCGAUUUCCAGUUCUGGAUUGCUGAGCGGGAGUCUUUUUACUGUGACUUGUCCAAAUGUGACUUUGCUCAUGAUCUCACUUCCAAUGGCACCCGCUAUAGAUGCGAGGAAGUGGCCUGCAAAUGCUUGCCAGAUCGCAUGUUGUGCGGUGAAGACGGUUCUAUUGAUAUAAGCGAGUUUCUCACCGAGACCAUUCGUGGACCGGGUGAGAUCUCCUGCGACUUGAAUAAGAAAAACUGUAAGUUCUCCGAACCUAGUAUGAACGAUUUGAUUUCGUCCGUAUUUGGCGAUCCUUACAUCACUUUGCACUGCAAAUCGGGCGAGUGUUUGCACAAGAGUGAAAUUCCUGGCUACGAUCUUCCCGGCAGAAAGAAAAUUACCCUCAAUGAUAUUUUAACCAUUGCUGCCGUGGCCUUAGUGACUGCAGUUGCCAUCGCAUUUACUCUCUACAACAUCGGACGUAGUCCCAUGUUUAAGCAGUACAAGGACUAUCCCUCCAAUACUGAGGAAAAUCCGCUCAGCAACAACUUCACCCCUACCACACUCUCAUUUAGUGACAUCAACUAUUCCAUUGGUAAAAACAAGAUCUUGAACAACAUCUAUGGACUCGUCGAACCGGGCCAAUGCUUAUCUAUCAUGGGAGGCUCUGGUGCUGGAAAAACCACUUUGCUCGACAUUUUGGCAGGCAAAGCCAAGUCGGGGACUGUCGAAAAGAAUAUAUAUGUCAACGGUAAGAUCUUGCCUGCCACAGACUACAAAAAGAUAGUGGGUUUCGUUGACCAAGAAGACCAUCUUAUUCCAACUCUUACAGUCUAUGAAACCGUUCUUAACUCUGCUUUGUUGCGUUUGCCUCGUGCCAUGGACGUAAACUCCAAAAUUGCCAAGGUUCAUGAGGUUUUGAAUGAGUUAAGAAUCUACCACAUAAAAGAUCGUGUAAUUGGAUCUGAUUUCAAAAGGGGAAUAUCUGGAGGAGAAAAAAGACGUGUGUCCAUUGCUUGUGAACUUGUUACCUCUCCAUCAAUCUUAUUCCUAGACGAGCCAACGUCCGGUCUUGAUGCAUACAAUGCGAAGAAUGUUAUUGACAGCCUUGUGAAGUUGGCCAAAGACUUCAAUAGAACCAUAGUUUUCACUAUUCAUCAGCCACGCAGUAACAUUGUUUCUCUUUUUGACAAGCUUGUUUUACUCUCUGAGGGAGACUUGGUGUAUUCUGGAGAUAUGAUCAACUGCAACGACUUCUUUGGUAAAAAUGGAUACCAAUGCCCUCUCGGCUACAACAUUGCUGAUUACUUGAUUGAUAUCACUGUCGACCACAAGAAAAUCCUCAAGAUUGCCUCCGAGGAGGAUCCCCAUGAAGCUUUCCUCUCGCAAACUACUUCUGAAGCCGAUGUGACUAGAGAAUGGGAGCACUUGGCGGUUCACAGAGACGAAUACAACUACCAACAAGUGGAUGGACCUAAUGAUGGUAAAAUCAUCCAGAUUACCAAUAAGCUUCCGCAGAUUUUCUAUGAGAGUCCUUUGGCAAUCAAUUUGAGACAGGAGAUCCUACACCUUGCAAAUAACCCGUUGGACUUGGAUAUCCAGCAGCACCUAUUGAAGAGAGCUUCCUUCUGGACGCAAUUCUCCAUUUUGAGCUCGCGUACAUUCAAGAACUUGUACCGUAACCCCAAGCUUCUUUUGUCCAACUAUGUACUUUCGCUUAUGGUUGGCCUUUUCUGUGGCCUUUUGUACUACCACGUGAGCAACGAUAUCAGCGGAUUCCAAAACCGUCUUGGUCUCUUUUUCUUCAUAUUGGCGCUCUUCGGCUUUUCUUCAUUGACGGGCCUCCACUCCUUCGCUGAAGAAAGAAUCAUUUUCAUAAGAGAACGUGCAAAUAACUACUACCACCCCUUGGCAUACUAUGCAAGCAAAAUGGUUUGCGACUUGAUCCCAUUGCGCGUUUUCCCACCAAUCAUCUUGCUCAGUAUUCUUUAUCCAUUAGUUGGACUCACCAUGGACCACAAUGGCUUUGUCAAGGCGCUUAUGGUGUUGGUUGUAUUCAACGUCGCAGUAGCUGUCGAAAUUCUCAUUGUUGGAAUUUUGGUCAAAGAUGCUAGCACCUCUACAAUUUUCGGUGUUUUGAUUUUGUUGUUCUCGCUCUUGUUCGCGGGAUUGUUCAUCAACAGUGAGGACUUGAAGUUCACCACCAAGUGGCUUCAAUGGAUUUCACUUUUCCAUUAUGCGUACGAGGCUUUGGCAAUCAAUGAAGUUAGAGACUUGAUUCUCAGGGAGAAGAAGUAUGGCCUCUCAAUCGAGGUUCCGGGCGCCGUUAUUCUCAGCACUUUUGGUUUCAACGUGGCCGCCUUCUGGAAGGAUGUGUCGGCAUUGCUUGCUUGGGCUGGAACCUUCUUGGUGCUUGGGUAUGUCUUUUUGCACUUCUACACUUAUGAAAGAAGAUAA